AUUUCACUGCUUACCCCUAUUGCUAUAAAUUGAAAGUACGCAAGGGCAAAUCUCAUACAAAGUCACAAAUAGUGCCUCUCUCUCUCUCUCUCUCUCUCUCUCUUCCCCCACCACUGGGUCCCUCUCCUGAAAAAACAACACAGUCCCCCACCAUAUAUAUAUAAGUCUCCAUUUGCAAUUAACGACAACGUGGACUGCACCCCUGCUGACUGGUAUUUCGCCAUUUUAUAAACCUCUCAAGCUAGCAGACAACAAGCCCUUCUCAUUUCUCCGUACCCCCACCCUCAUUCAUUAUCUAUCUCCAACUUACAAUUACCAUUCCAUUUCAAACAUUUUAUUAUUGCACUUGCUACUUAGCUAGCUUCCCCCAUUUCCCCCUUUUCCCCUGUACUGUACUUGUCGCCUGAUCUGCAAUAAAAGGCCUCCUCAUACAACUGCCUCAUCACCAAUCAUCUCCUAAAUUCAAAUUCCGAGAAGGGAAACAACAAUGAUGCAUCAUCGAUGUUGCAGCGGAACUACUCAUCAGGGGCACGUCAUGGGUCCCUGCACAUGUGCUAUGUUCCAUGGCCAAACAACCACCAAUUCCUUCUCCAUGCUAUUCUCCAUGCCCAACCACCACAACAACCCUUACGAUCAACCUGAUGAUAUCAUUUACUCCUCCUCUUCUUCAUCCUCCGUCGACUGCACCCUCUCCCUCGGAACCCCUUCCACCCGUUUCACCGAAGACGAAGAGAAGCGUACCCGCCAUGAACGUCGUUCCUCCGUCUCCAACUUCUGCUGGGAUUUGCUACAAUCCACCAAACACAACCACUCUCAAACCAAGUCCUCCUCAAACCGCCCCUCCAACAACGCCGACCCUCUCCUCGCUCGUCGUUGCGCCAACUGUGACACCACUUCUACACCGCUCUGGAGGAAUGGCCCCCGUGGCCCAAAGUCUCUAUGCAAUGCCUGUGGCAUACGGUUCAAGAAAGAGGAGAGGAGGGCCAGUGCAGCAGCCGCCACCACCGCCGCGGCUUCUGGUGGCGUGAUGGAUUCAUCGCAGAUGUACAGCCACCACAACAGUAACUCGUGGUACGCACAUUCGCAGAGCCAGAAGAUGGCCGCGGCGGCGAUGGGCAGCGAGUUCCGUUUCGUGGACGACGGUGAUGUCCGGGACUCCGAAAACGGCAUUCCGUUCCUGUCGUGGAGGCUCAACGUUACUGACAGAACAAGCCUCGUUCACGACUUCACAAGAUGAAAAGAAAGAACAACGUUAUCAUCAAAUAUGAAUAACAAUAUAAUAACAGAACCAAAAACAUCACAACUCUCUCAAAGAAGGAGGAGGUAGCUUUCUAGUACUAAUAUCUAAUCUAUCCAUCCAUCCAUCCUCCAACCAAACCAAGCAGUUAUAUACGUCAACGUUUUACGAUGAUCAUGACGAUGAGGAUGAUGUAGAAGAUAUUUUUGAUUGCGAUGGUUGUGGUCUCGUCAAUAUGAUGUUUUUUUUUUCUUUUUAAUUUUAAAUUGAUCUUUUUUUUCCCGUUUUGUUUGCUUCCUAUUCUCCGUCUUGCAUUUGCAUAGGAUGGAGUGAGAAUGGGAUAAUUCUAUAUUC